AUUAUUAUUACUAUUAUUGUUGUUGUUAUUAACCAUCAUCUCGUCAUCAUCGCGCAGGUAGUCGUCGUUGUCGUUGUCGUCGUAGUGCGUGCGGUUUUGUUCUGCGCGCGUAUUCUCCAGCAGUCUGUCGCGCGUGUGCACAGAAAUCACGACGCACCGCGCAUUUUUUCGUGCAGCGCGACGACGGUGGCCAGCAAAUCUCCCGGUCGGCUUAUAGAACCGUAUACCAGCAGUGACCAUUAAUUAAUCGCGUGACAUAUUAUACCCAGUUUACAUAUUACCCUUUACCGCGGUAUCGCUAUAUAUACUAUACCGCUGUAGCAUAGGUACCGCGAAGUCUUCAACACUACACAAACCCAUCUUUACGAACACGCCGCACCGCAGCUGAGGUUGACGCGACGACAUGGAAAGACAACGGGCCGAGUCGACGUUCACCAUCAUUUCAAAGGUCAAGAAUUCGCCCAACGUGAACACGGCCGUGAAAUGGCUUACGUCCAACAAGUUACUCAUAUUCAUCUUACUAUCGGUCGUAUUCGGAGUGAUCUUGGGAUUGAUAUUAAGACCGCUGAACCUUAGCAGUGAUACUAUUACUCUAAUUUCAUAUCCUGGUGACCUUUUCUUGAGGACUUUAAAGUUGAUGGUGUUACCAUUCAUCAUAUCAUGCUUAAUUAUAGGUGCCGCUAAUUUGGAUAUAAGCAAAAAUGGCAAUGUUGCAGUCCGAACAAUUGUAUAUUUUGUCCUUACGUCUGUUUUUAAUGUCUGCUUGGGGUUAACGCUCGGUCUGCUUGUUCAUCCUGGCAGCCCAGAUUUAAGGUUGGCAAAUACCACGACAUUUUCAGGACCCAAAAAAAUGAACGUUAUGGAUGGAUUUUUAGAUAUGGGAAAGAAUUUAUUACCAGAAAAUUUGUUUCAAGCUACAAUUCAACAAACAUUAACAGAGUAUGAGACCGUCAUGGGUGAAAAUAACACGAAAACGUUGAAAAAAGUCGUUAAAUACAAAGACGGUACUAAUACAUUGGGCAUAAUAUUCUUUUGCCUGAUCUUUGGAACCGUACUGGGCACGAUGGGUGAACGCAAGCGACCCGUUUUGAACUUCUUCACAGUCACCUACGAAGUAAUGCAAAAGAUACUCACCGGAGUGAUUUGGUUUACACCCAUUGGAGUGGCCAGCGUCAUAUGCGGUAAGAUCAUCACACUGUCCCAACUCACCACCACGCUGGUCCAGCUCAGCUUGUUCAUCGCAACGACUGUCGGUGGUUUCCUAUUCUAUCAACUGAUUGUCAUACAAGUAAUUUAUUUUGUAAUCGUGAAGAAGUCUCCGUGGCCGUACUACGUGUCGCUGGGACCCGCUCUCGCGACCGCCUUUGCCACUGCUUCCAAGUCAGCGUCUCUUCCAAUAACAUUCAAAGUGUUGGACGAAAAAUUAAAGAUGAAUCCAAAAAUCACUAAAUUUGUCCUUCCAAUCGGUACGAUCAAUAUGGACGGUUCGGCUCUGUACCUGAGUGUAGCACUAUUGUUCUUGGCACAAAUCAAUAAUUUGCAACUAGGCAUUGGAGAAAUUUUCACUAUCGGGUUGGCUUGCACGGCGGCAAGUAUGUCUUCGGCAGCUAUUCCAUCGGCGGCCAUCGUCUUGGUCGUAAUGCUGUGUAGCGUGAUCAACAUACCCACCGAAGACGUAUCUCUGCUGUUUGCCGUCGAUUGGCUAGUGGACAGGUUCAGGACUAUGAACAAUCUGAUCGGAGACUGUUACACGGUAGCCAUUGUUCAACAUUUAUCCAAAGAGGAAUUAGAACAGGACGACGAGAAAGAAGCCGAAGAAGCGCACGUCAACGGCACGUUCGUUAUGCAAGAACAAGAACAAAACGCACAGACGAAUCAGAGUUUUUCCACCAACACGCCAGUAUAAAAUAUAAUAUAAUAUUAUUAUAUACAAUACCUAUAACGACUGCGACGCGUUUCCAGUAUUAUUAUGUAUAUGUAUAAGUGUAUAACGGAGCUGGCUGUUUAAUAGCACGUGCUGCAGACGACAAUUCAUUUUAUGUUAUAACUCGAACGUAUUAUUAUUAUUAUUAUUAUUAUUAUUAUUAGUAUGUAUUAGUAUUUUACUUAUUAUUAUUAUUCCGUGUUCGUAUGACCAUUUACACUGCGUACCUGUUAUUUGUUCAAUUAAUGUUUUUUUUAAGAAAUCGCGAUGAUGGUAUCAUAUAUAAAUUAUCUCCGCGUCAGGUCGCAGUAUAGGUACCUAAUAUAACCACCCACGACGUAUUGGUAGGGCGGAUGUGCGGUAUAAGUAUAUACUUCGAGUAUUAUGACGGUGUCGAAUAUUCGAGGUAGGGUUAGGUUCUACCUACUAUAAUAAUAUAACGUGGAUUUUUUUUUUCAAAUUUCAAUUAACAGUUGAAUAUUUAAAUACGGCACUUUUCCGACAGUGUUUUGAGUUUUCCUAUUUUGCACUCUCAUGCUUACAUAAUAAUAUGUAUAUAAUAUGUACUAUACAAAUCGGUUAAUCUGUAUGAGGCGUAAACUAGAAAAAUACAUACGAAAAUUAUUGUAUCAUAAUUUACUAUUUUAACCUUUGUGGCAAACGAUUAUAAUAGUAUACCCUGCCACACAAUUAUAGGACCUUAUUGCCGGUGGUUAUAUUAAAAUCGUUAUUAAAUACAAGACACAAGUACACCUAUCGUGACAGAAAAUGCAAUCACUUUUAUUGUUUUGAUUUAGUUUACAUUUUCGAGAAUACAAUUACCUAUUAAUAGGUGGUGUGUGUAUAUAGGAAUUCAUUUCGGGGGAGUGGGUCUGAACCUCUAACCCCCUCCCUCCACUAUAUACGCCACUGAUUAGUACAACAUUUAAGCUAUUUUAAACUUGGUUGAAAACUUUUUUGUGUUACCGUCGUGCCCCUUGAAAUUAUUAUUAUUAUUUAUUAUUAUUUUAUAUUGUGUUUUUCUGUCGUGUCAGUACAUAAUAUUAUAUAUUGUACCUAUCAUAAUAUUAUAUUAUAUAUUAUAUACCUGCCAUAUGUUCAUAUAAUUACUUUUUCGCGUUUUUAUACAUGUGUAAAAUUUACAGGUAUUGAAUAUUAUGAUUGUUGUAGUAUUUGUAGUCUCUAUAUAUAUUAUAAAACGGGCUUUAUAGUAUUUAUGUCACAGUUCACAACUGCGUAUCACCUGGUUUGACUAAUAAUUGUAAUAUUAUAAAUUAUAAUUAUACCUAUUCAUUGGA